AUGACGGAGCCAGAAGAGUUGCUCAGAACGCGGUUACGCCAGGCCCAGCUGAAAAGAAGGAUUGGCAGUGUGCAUGCUUUGCACCAGCAGAACGCAUCCACACCGAUAAAGUUCGACAGAACAUACCUGCUAUGCAUUCAGAUUCCUCAUGAAGAUCCAUUAGUCGUCAAUCUGAAGGUUGCAGAAUGCCUGGUUCGAAGAGUUUUGAUUGAUCCAGGAAGUAGUGCGAAUGUCAUGCCCAGGGUGACGUUCGACCGACUUGAGAUCGAACCCAAAAAACUCAAACCCACAGGAAAUCCAUUGCUCGGAUUUGAUGGGAAGCGAGUGGAACCCAUUGGAAUGGUGGAAUUGACAGUACAAGCUGCUGAGCGAGUUUUGACUGAGAGUUUUGUGGUCGUGGAAAUUCAUCCAUCCUACAACCUCUUGAUGGGCAGAGGGUGGAUUCACAGAGUUCAGGGCGUCCCAUCAACCUUGCAUCAAGUGAUGCGAUACUUAGGUCCAGAUGGGACCAAGGUGAUAGACAUACAUGGGGACCAGGUUGCAGCUAAAGAAUGUUAUUCAGUGACUUUGAAAUUUGCUGGAAAAGGGAAAAAUCCCAUCCGUUCUGCCAGUCCAAAAUAG